CCACACACGGCCUCCCUACGCGACGUUCCACGCACACUGACGUCCAGCCAAUGGGGCGGCACGCUUUCCCUACGUCACUCGGUCAAAGGCUACAGCGAUGGACGCGCCCCAAAUGUAAACAGAUCGUUGUACUGGAGGGCAGCUCUGCGAUAUGAGGCUUUUGUCGAGGGCGGUGCGGUCUGUUGCGGGUCAGACGGAGUGGAGCCGCAGGCGCUUCUGGGGCUGGCUCAAUGCCGUCUUCAACAAGGUGGACUAUGAAAGGAUCAAAGCUGUCGGUCCAGACCGAGCUGCAGCAGAGUGGCUGCUGAGAUGUGGUGCCAAAGUGAGGUUUCAGGGUUUCGAACGCUGGCAUCACGACUACAACGGACUGCCAACUGGGCCUCUGGGCAGAUACAAGAUCCAGGCGAUUGACGCCACUGAAUCCUGCAUCAUGUACAGAGGAUUUGACCACCUGGAUGGUUUGAAACAUUUGGAGGAAAUCAAGUUCAACAAGUGUAUCUACAUUGAGGACACCUGCCUGGAGAGGCUGAGCUCAAUAGAGAAUCUGCAGGAGAGUUUGUACAUGAUGGAGGUGGUGUCGUGUGGAAAUGUGACCGAUAAAGGCAUCAUCGCCCUGCACAAACUCAAGAAUCUGGAGUAUCUGUUUCUGAGUGAUCUUCCCGGGAUCAGGGACAAACAAAAGACAACUGAAAGACUGCAGACAGCACUUCCGCGUCUGGACAUAGCCCUGGACCUGGACUGACUGAGCACUUCCUGUCAAAGAUUGUAAUAUAUGGAUGCCUUUUUCCAGGGUUUUCAAAGUAAAAGACCCAAUCUUGAAGGACGGAGUGGAGCAUUAAGAACUUUGAUCAUCCAACAUGAAAAUCCUUCAGCUAAAACUGGAAGCGUAUUUACAUGUGAUUCAUUCAGUCUUUGUUAAAUGUCGAGGUGUGAUUUUAUGGGGAAAUAUUCAGGUGGUGCGCCACUUUUCAGCUUGAAAGAAAAUCCAGCAAAGAGAAAAGUUAAAGCACUUUAUAUUGUUGACACCAGUUUGUUUUUGUGAUAGAAUGAACUCUUCUUUAGUUUAUUAUAAUCUAAACAUUUAAGGUAUUAAAGGUUACUCCAUAUGUGGGUACACAGAGAAAAUAAUUUGUGAAAUGCUGAGCACUUCAAGAGUCUUUUACACCAUUUCUCUUUAGAUUAGUUUGGCAUUUGUACAUUAUCUGAGGACAGAACGAUGGCUGUGAGCAUCCUUAGCACCUAAAGCUCCAGAGAUAAUGAGUGCAGUGUGGUAUUGCUACUGCUGUAUGCUAGUAAAUGUGGGAAUGUGUACGACCGUCUUCACUCCUGACGUCAAUAAAUAUCUUCAGAAAUGUU